AUGGAGGAGGUGCUGUCUGUGCCGAUGGAGGAGGAGGUCCUGUCUGUGGAGGAGGAGGUCCUGUCUGUGCCGAUGGAGGAGGUCUUGUCUGUGCCGAUGGAGGAGGUCUUGUCUGUGCCGAUGGAGGAGGUGCUGUCUGUGCCGAUGGAGGAGGAGGUGCUGUCUGUGGAGGAGGAGGUCCUGUCUGUGGAGGAGGAGGUCCUGUCUGUGGAGGUCUUGUCUGUGCCGAUGGAGGAGGAGGUCCUGUCUGUGGAGGUCUUGUCUGUGCUGAUGGAGAAGGUGCUGUCUGUGCCGAUGGAGGAGGAGGUCCUGUCUGUGGAGGAGGAGGUCCUGUCUGUGGAGGAGGAGGUCCUGUCUGUGGAGGUCUUGUCUGUGCCGAUGGAGGAGGAGGUCCUGUCUGUGGAGGUCUUGUCUGUGCCGAUGGAGGAGGAGGUCCUGUCUGUGGAGGUCUUGUCUGUGCCGAUGGAGGAGGAGGUCCUGUCUGUGGAGGUCUUGUCUGUGCCGAUGGAGGAGGAGGUCCUGUCUGUGGAGGUCUUGUCUGUGCUGAUGGAGAAGGUGCUGUCUGUGCCGAUGGAGAAGGUGCUGUCUGUGCCGAUGGAGGAGGAGGUCCUGUCUGUGGAGGAGGAGGUCCUGUCUGUGGAGGUCUUGUCUGUGCCGAUGGAGGAGGUGGUCCUGUCUGUGGAGGUCUUGUCUGUGCUGAUGGAGGAGGUGCUGUCUGUGCCGGUGGUGGAGGACGUGAUAAUUUCUCCUUACAUAUAGCAAGAUGUUUCACAAAUGCCAUUCUCCGCAGAAUCGUUGACGGACAGUAACAACAAUGAUAAUGUGCCAUUUCCCUACAGCCCAGGCUGCAUUUUAAGAUGACAUAAUCUAAAGUGAAAAGAGAGCAGAUUGAUUAACUGUCUUGUGUACGGUGAUGCUUCAUGCAAAGUAGCACAACAGACUUCACCCGAUACCAGAUCAAGUACUUAUAUAAAACUACUAGCCUUGCCUUAUGUUAUUUAUUGAUAAUAAAAAAGAAGAAACUGACAUAAAAUAAAUGACUAAACAUUCAUAUUGGAAACUCACUCAUACAAAGUAGGGAAUAGUAAAUAAAUUACUGGAGAAAUUUAAAACACUGCAUACAUACCUUCAUGUUUUACAGCAAUGCUCACAUGAUUCUGUACAUGGUAUUUAACCUUGUAAAAAUCAGCAUAUGUCAUUUUACAGAAAGUGCAGUGAAUGUUGCUGCAACAAUCGCUGCAUCGCUUGAUAGACUGAAGAGGAUCCUGCCCUCUCCUCAGUAUUGUUUGAUGCAUCUGUGAAAGUCAUACACACACAAGAACAUUCUAAAAUAUGAAGAAAAAAAAUUAAAUAUCAGAAUAC